AUGGUGGCUCGAUGCCAAGCACUGAGAGGAGCUGUAACAGCCUCUCAAAACCAAACAAUAAUAAACUUGGGCGAGGAACUGUAUUUGUUAUCAUUAAGUGAGAACACUCAGUUACCAGAGAGCACAUUUGUUUUGUUUCAGCCACCUCACCCUGCAGAAUAUGGGCCUCCAUCAGAAUUAUCAGAGGUUCCCUCAUAUUUAUGGGCAAAACAUAAAAAUCAUGUAGGUUUUGUGAAUUCGGCUCCACCUCAUAAAGUCACACUCAAACCAAAUGUCACAUUGCCGGCUAUCAGACAGUACAACUUGCCUCAUAGAGCCAUUACUGGAAUUGAAACAGUUAUUCAAUCUCUAUUGGAUCAAAAUGUACUGGUGCAAACUUCCAGUCCAUGCAAUACACCCAUUUUGCCCAUCCCAAAACCAAAUCGUCCAGAUGAAUGGAGAUUUGUGCAAGAUUUGCAGGCUAUUAAUAAUAUUGUCGUGCCCACAGCUCCCAUUGUGCCAGACACUAAUUCGAUUUUAGCCUCGUUACCAUCCAAUUCAACCCACUACACAGUCAUUGAUCUAUGUUCAGCUUUUUUCUCUAUACCAUUGCAUCCAGAUAGCCAGUAUCUGUUUGCAUUCACGUUCAAAGGCAAACAGUAUACAUGGCGGCGUUUGCCACAGGGUUAUGUUGAGAGUCCAACAGUGUACGCAGCAGCGGUAAAAAGAGACCUUGAUGACCUCCACUUCCCAGGGGGUUCAACACUUCUGCAGUACGCAGAUGAUCUUUUGAUAGCCUCUCCAUCCGAGGAAGCUUGUCGAACUGAUUCAAUCUUGCUCCUGCAGAGGUUAGCUGAGUGUGGACAUAGAGCAUCACUGCCCAAACUGCAAUUUUGCCGAUCUGAGGUCACAUAUUUGGGUCACCUCCUGAAGGAUGGACAGCGCCUCCUAUCACCAGAAAGGGUGAAACUGCUGGUCAACAUGCCUCCCCCCAGAACUAAGAAGGGCAUGCUUUCAUUCUUAGGGAUGGCGAACUAUUGCAGACACUGGAUUUAUGAGUAUGCGGCUAUGGACUCUGUAUUGCGAGCAGCCACACUGCAGUCAGCUCCCACUGCAGUUCAAUGGACUGAUGACAUGCAAAAAGCUUUUCAGAACUUAAAGCAUGCUCUCACCAUGGCUCCAGCAUUAGGAUUGCCGGACUAUCAUCAGCCGUUCCAUCUACACGUACAUGAGAGAGAAGGCUUUGCUACAGGCAUUCUAGUACAAAAACAUGGGUCUCACUACCGUCCUGUUGCGUACUAUUCGUCUCGACUGACCCCUGUAGUCCUUGGUAUGCCGGGUUGCCUGAGAGCGGUGGCUGCAGUUGCUAUUCUGCUUGAUAAGUCCGCUCCCAUUGUACUGGCUCAUGACUGUGUCGUGCACGUUCCGCAUGCAGUAUUACACAUUUUAAGCACAUCAGCUACUCAACACAUGACAGCAGCUAGACGUUCAGGUUAUGAGGCAACUAUCCUUUCCAGCCCACACAUAACUUUAAAGCGCUCACCCCCCUUAAAUCCAGCCACUCUCCUUCCACUGAUUGACACAACUGAAAUUGAGCAUGAUUGCAUUGCUACUAUUGAUAUGUGUACAUCACCAAGGCCAGACCUAUUGCAGACACCAAUACCUAACUCUGAGAUGAUUCUUUACACUGAUGGGUCAGCUAGCAGACCAUCUGACAAUGUUCACCUAGCGGGCUAUGCAGUAGUAAAUGAUUGGGAGGUUUUAGAAGCACGAGCUCUGCCUCCUGGCACUUCAGCGCAGGCAGCAGAACUAUAUGCUCUCACUAGGGCCUGUAUUAUCGCUUCUGGUAAAACUGCCACCAUCUACACAGAUUCACGAUAUGCUUUUGGUGUAGCUCAUGAUUUCGGUCAAUUAUGGAAAAUGAGAGGGUUUGUGUCAUCGUCUGGCAGGCCAUUACAACAUCAUGCGUUGGUAAACGACCUGCUAGACGCCAUUAUGCGCCCGUUCCAGCUUGCAAUUGUGAAAUGUGCUGCUCACAGUCAGGAAAAUGAUCCUGUUUCACGAGGAAAUGCAAUGGCUGAUUUCGCAGCCAAACAAGCAGCAACUUCCUCUUCCUCCAUGGUAUCCAAGAGGCUCCCCAAACCAUCAGAGGAACCAAUUCAUCCUUUUAAGGAGGGUGACUAUGUACUAAUCAAAUCUCUGGAAAAAGUGUCUUUGUCUCCUAGGUGGAAAGGACCGUACCAGGUGCUGCUGACAACCAGGACAGCUUUGAGGUUGAAGGAAAGGCAGAAUGGAUUCAUGCCACAAGGUGAACUGGGCCAAGUUACAGGUCUGAAAGUUUCAGCAGAUGGAGAGCAGGGAGGCUUCUCUGCUCAUGAUACAGUCGUAGUUACAGAGUCCUCAAAGAGGGGGUGCCCUCUGCGGGAGAGCCCUGGAGAAACAAACCAGGUAAUAGACUCUGAAGGUAUCUUCGGACCAUGGGGGUCCAACCUGAUCAAGCUUUUGACUACACUGCUGGUCAUCAUUCUCCUCCUCAUCCUCCUCUGUGCCUGUAUGAGUUGGCUGAUUAAGCUGAUGGUGAAGAAGACCACUAAAUCCGUCAUUCAAGCACCCCAGGUGUGUACAACUGUAGACACAAAUGUUAACAAUAAUGUGACAAUGAGAUAUUAUGAUUAUCGAGGCUUUGAGGAGUGGAUACAGCGUCUUGGGCUGGAUGACCUCUCCCUGGAGGAUGAUGACGAGGAGGAGGAGACCUCAGGCCUGUAA